AUGGUGCCUAAACUGAUAUGGCUGAUUACUACAUUAGCGCUUCUUGAGCUUCUUGAAGGCCUCAAGAUACGAUGCAAAGCUCUUGACAUCCCUGCACCUGAAGUGUUUGUUGCCGACAACUGUUGCCAUGUUUGCAGUGCUGUGAAUGUCAUUUUCCCUGAUGCUACAAUGAAACUGGAUGUCUGGCAUUUCAUUAUGAGGCAAGCACAUUUUCCUUGGCAUCUAAUAAUCUACAAGCUAAUUCUAAGAGCAAGAUACGCAACUGUUAUCCUCAAUUCCUCCAAGAAUCCCCACCGGAAAGAGGUAGUCGCAGAGAUCUCGGCCUGUAUCCUGAAGAAACAUGCUGAGGGUGGGAAUCCUGCGAAGUACUGGGAUCAGACUGAGCAGGAGAUGAGACUUACCUCGACAUUUGAGAAAUGGGCUUGCGAAGGCACAGUUUGGUCAGCAGGAGCACACAGAGUUCAUGAGGAACAGCUCAAACACGUACAGAAAGGCUGCCUUGAACAUGGAAGCCGUGUGGAGGGGUCUCACAAAGGCUGGAACUCACUCCAGCGUGCGCACACCAGCGGAAUUGUGACCUUCACAGGCCUUUGCCAUGACUUUGUUCUUCAACGGAACAUUUGUGUUGCCUUUUCGAGGGCAAGCAAAUCAGACUUCAUCACAUCAACUCACGGCUCUCAUCAUGUUCACCUCAUCAAUAGGAUCGCGAAGCAAUUCAACAACCUCCGACUCGAAGACAAGGCCACCAGCACAUGUUGCCUGCCAGAGCUUGUGGAAACCCCAUCUGAGGAGCAUUUCAGGCUUGUCAAAUCAAGUUUUGUGUCCAUGUUUGGUGGGCUACUGGAUGUCAAGGCCGAAGAGUCACCAGUGGAGCUCGAUAUGACUGGCCCCAAGUUGCUUGAGCCACUCAGUGGCGAAGGCGAUGCACUUAACCUUGCUCUGCAGUCUGCAAGGUCUGAAAUACUUGAGGAACUUAACAUUGACCCGCAGCUUCUUUCCCAGCCUCAGGCACCCUUCGAUGCGCAGCUGACACUGUCCUGCCCUCCUGCAACCACCACAAUCCCCACAGCCGCAGUGGCAGAAGUUGCUGACACCAGCAAGGCCACGUCUCAUUUGGCCGCCAUCACGACAAACACUCAGCCACAACCAACAAUGAAGCGCAAGGCAGAUGACAUUGUUGCCAUCUCAGAAAACGAGCCCCCAGGGAUGACUCGUUCUCAACACUUCUUCACUAUUGCCACAAGAAUCGACGCCCGUGCCAUGCAAAUCUCCAGCAAUAUCGAGUUUCACUUGUUCAUGGACAUGAGAGCCGAGUUCAUGUGGAUCUCAUUCAAGAUGACGCCCAAACAGUGGGCUGUAGCUACUGAGACCUACAAUAAAUAUCUUGAGGAGAAGAAUCGCGCUAAUGGGCUCGAAAUGCUCAGCAAGAUCGAGGUGCUCGUGAUGAACCAUGUGGCAAAGAGUGACUUCAAAUCUCGUUCUGAUUCGGAAACCUUCUGGAGAAGGCACUGUCACGCUAUUGAACUCAUCAAGGCUGAGCCUGGGAAGAAGAUUCGCAAGGCACACACAUGCUCCCGCUGCAAGACCAUCAUGUACCCUGGUCCCGAGAACUCGGGGUACAACCAUCGACGGGGCUUUUGUGCUGACGGCGCCAAGCAGGUGUCCAAAAUUGAGCUGCCUCCACCCUGGCCACAGCCACCAGGCAUAUUCUCCGAAGGCAAGCACUUCCAUCCACGCGCCUUCCUCGAAACCGUCAAGCAAAUCUAUGAACAAGAGGCAUUUGCAACAAUGCUGCUGGACUGGUCAAUGACACUCGAAUCAGGGACAGUGUUGUUUAAGUUGUAUGAGGAGCUGGAGAUUUAUGGAAUGACACCGGAUGUGCUGCUAACUGUGCACAACAGUGUCAAGCACCUUCGCAUCGAGUAUCUGCAGGAGCACUGGGCCAUGUCAUAG